AUGGACGAUGGACGAUGGACGAAUGCAAUAUUUUGUCAAAUUUUGCCUAAUUUGAGACAGAACUGGGUCCUUGUGCACGAAGACCAUUCCAUUUCCAUUGCCCACGAAAAUUUCCCACCAUACAUAUCUUCAACUCUGAAUGCAACCGACUGUCAUUCCUCAUCUUAUCCCCAUAAUUCUCAAAUCAUAAUACUGCGAGUCAUCCUCCUCAAUUCACACAAACUGCUAAUGGCCACUAUCGCGACCCUUUUCCUACAAGAACCAAACCUCAAAUGGAACCCUUUAUCCCACUCUACAAUCCCUAAAAUUCAACACCUCCACCCUCCGUUUAUCCGCUUCAAGUUUCGGAAAAUUUCCAAACAACUUCGGGUGAAACUUUUCUCGAUCGAUUGCAGCAAGAAUAAUGCUAGCACCAUCGAUUACGAUACCCUCAAAAAUGAGGAAAUGUUCCCGGAAAUGAUAAAGAAAGAAAGAAACCCAAUAGAGAUUGUCGCCACAAACGUAAUAAAAGCACUCAAGGCUUUGCAAAAACCGGCAGUGGCGGCUGUUCUUGUGGGGUUAUUAUUGAUGUGUGAUCCCUUUUCUGCAUUGGCAGCCUCGGGGGGAAGGGUGGGUGGAAGUUCAUUCUCGUCGAGGUCAUCAAUGUCGUCGUCAAGGAGUUAUAGUGUGCCGAGGAUGGGGUCGGGUUCUGGUUUCUCAUAUUCUGCGCCGUAUUACGGACCAUCUCCCUUUGGAGGGGUUUAUGUAGGAUCUGCCGUGGGUGGGUCGAGUCUAUUCAUGAUAAUAAUGGGUUUCGCAGUUUUUGUUUUGGCCUCUGGAUUCUUAUCUGACCGGUCUGAGGGUGGUGUGCUCACUGCCACUGAGAAAACAAGUGUGCUCAAGCUGCAGGUUGGGUUGUUGGGCAUGGGGAGAUCACUCCAAACGGAUCUCAACCGAAUAGCUGAAAAUGCGGAUACAUCCAGCUCAGAAGGCCUACAUUAUGUAUUGACAGAGACAAUGCUAGCUUUGCUUCGGCAUCCUGAUUAUUGCAUCUCUGCCUAUUCAUCUGUUGACGUGAAAAGGAGCCCUGAGGAAGGAGAAAAAAGAUUCAAUCAACUUUCUAUUGAAGAACGUGGUAAAUUUGAUGAGGAGACAUUUGUUAAUGUGAAUAACAUAAAGAAGAAAAGUACAACAAGCCAGAGAUCAACUGGUUUUAGCAAUGAAUACAUAGUGAUCACAGUAUUGGUGGCUGCUGAAGGAGUACAUAAACUGCCAUCUAUCAAUAACAGUAGAGAUUUGAAGGAAGCCUUACAAAAACUCGGCUCUAUCCCCUCAAGCAAAACAUUGGCAGUCGAGGUGUUAUGGACUCCCCAGAACGAAAAUGACGCUUUAUCGGAACAAGAAUUACUUGAAGAUUACCCUUUGUUGAGGCCUCUGUGAGAGGACAGCUUCUUUCAUGUUUUGACUAGGGGCUUUUAAAUUUUUGUUAAUAACUUCACAAAAUGUGAGGUGUACAGAAUUGCAGCACUUUUCCAAUACUUUGAGCUAACAAUGCUUCAUUUCGUUAUAAAGGGCAAAAUUAUGUA